GAGACUUAGCUGUCCCGAGGCCUUGCAUCCCGUGGGGCCCACAGAAGGGUGUGAGCGGCCGCCGCCGCUUCCCCGCCUCCGGGGCGAGGCCCCAGACCACUCCACAGUGGGCAGAGCGACAGGCCCCGCCGGGUCGGAAAGGAAGCUGCGCUCCGAGGCGGGAAGGCGAAAGCUAGAGGAAAACGACUGCCAACAUUCUAUUUUAGUAGUGGAGCAUCUUAAUCCAGUUUGAACACCAGUGUUACCAAGGAGCACCUAGCUAUCUGGAAGAAGAUGUUAAAAACCUUCAGCCCCAAUCACAGUAAUGGAUCUCUGUCAGAAAAAUGAGACGGAAUCAGAAAAUAGUGAAAAUAAUGAAAUUCACAGCCCAGAAGAAACAGAAUUAACCUAUACUUGCCUGGAUGAAAGAAGUGAAAAGAAUCAUGUUUGUUGUCUUCUCAGUAUCAGUGACAUUACGCUUGAACAAGAUGAAAAAGCCAUCGAAUCUGUCAUCGGAACGGGGUGGGAAGAAGCUGUCCAAGGCUGGGGAAGGACUUCUCCAACUGCCUGCAUCUGGCCCAGGAAGAAGCUUAAAAAGGCGAGGGUGGGAGAAGGUGCCGGUAGCUGCUUACUCUGUGGCAGUCUCUCCCAAGGGAGCGCUGAGGCCAGGCCUCAGGCGGAGGCGGAGAAGUUGGGGUCAGGGGCUCCUGCUGAGGUGGGUCUGGAGAAUGAUCAAGGCAGCCCCUCCCAGACUCGGGGAACCUCUCUGGGCUCCACCACCGCCACCUCCAGGGAGGUUAGCAAGAUCUGCUUUCCCCGCUGCGGUCAGGGAGAGAAAAAGAGUCUGCAAAUAAAGGAGUUUAUGUGGUGCAAGGAAGACUGGGCCACCCCUGAGGCUCUUCGGGGCAAGGACCCCAGAAGCCCCAGCAGAGGUCUCUCCAUCUCAGACUCCUUGACUUCCAGGGCCCUUUUAGUUCUGCCUCCCCUGAAGGCUUCACUCCCAAAUGGCUUGGAUGUUCUGGGUAAGAAGAGUAAGAACUUCUUGCCGCCGGAGGAGAAGGUGCUGAGUGUGGAAAAGGAUGAGUGUGUGUCUUGUGCAUAUGGAUUGAAAACAGUUGAUGGGAAAGGUGAAAAGAGACCCAUUGAGCUGGCCAAUCACCCCAAGGUCAAUGACACACUGCCUUUUCCUCCCCGGGUGGCCCCGACAUCCCUGCUGGCGCAUCAGGAGCGGUGCUGCCUGCACUGGUCCCUCCUGCCUGAGAAAAACCUGGUGUGCCCUCCUGACCCCAGCAACGUGCGCUACCUCGCCACCGUGCGGCUUUUGCAGAAACACGGAGUACAGAACUACAAAGCCAAAUUCAAAGCCAGGGAGCCAAGGCCUCCCGCCAACACCCAAAAGUGCAUUCUCACGGAGGCCAAGCAGGAACACAGGCCCCAAACGUUGGAGACCAAAGUGUUCCCGAGAACUCUCUUGCCGUCCCUCACCGUGAGCAGAGUUGUCAUUCCUGUCUCCGCUCACAGGCUGCUCUGAGUUGCCACAAUAGAAUUCCCUGGGAACAAGCACUGUUUGAAUUCAUUUAUCCUCUCCCUGUCUCCCUCCUGCCCCGUCCCAUCCUUUCUUCUUUUCUUCUCUUCUUCCAUACU